AUGUGGAGGAAAAUAACGGACGAGAGCUGCUUGGACCAAUUCGACACGGCAUAUCUGGGCGAUUGUCGAGCCGGCCACUUCGAGAAUCGCUUCUACUUUGACUUCGCUACAAAACAGUGCACGACAUUCAAAUGGGCCGGCUGCCGCAGCGAGUCGAGGAAUUUUUUCGACGACAUCUCGGAGUGUCAGAGGGUGUGCGAGAGUCCGCCUAGGGAGCUUGUUGAAUCCUGCCUGCAACCGUUCGACCAUGGCUACGAGGGUUCCUGUCUUUCCGAUGGCCGAUUCCACCAAUAUUACUUCUACGAUAUUGAGACGCACACCUGCAAAAUGUUUUGGUACGGUAACUGCCGGCGUACCAGCCAGAAUAUAUUCCCGGAUUUAGCGAGUUGCCAAUGGGUCUGCGAGAGGGAUGUCAUAGAGAGGCAGCAAGACAGCUGCCUCGACGAGUUCGACACACACUACGAAGAUUCCUGUGGACAGGGGAGCUGGAUGGAAAAGUGGAGGUUUGAACAUAAAAGCGGCCGCUGCGUCUCGUUCUGGUUUGACCAGUGCGUCUCGAAAAGCCAGAAUAUUUUCCCGGAUUUUGCGUCUUGUUCCAGGCAAUGCGAGGAACCAGGGCUGCAUCAGUUGGCUCGGGUCGAGAAUGCUGAAUCGAGCUUUCGCUGCCUGGAGCCGAAACUGAUCGGUGACUGCCGGGAAACAUACCCGGCCUACUACUACGACCGUCAACUCCGCGAAUGCCGACCGUUUGCCUAUUCGGGUUGUGGGGGCAAUGGGAAUCGUUUUAUGACACUCUCCCAGUGCGAACAAACAUGUUUCGAAUUCAAUUCACUAUCGGACCCCGAGAUGGACUGCUACGAGUCGCUGGACGUCGGCUACGGUAGAAAUGAAGCUGACUGCGUGGAGAGCUCCGGGUUUCGAUAUUAUUUUGACAGGGAUUUUUUGACCUGCUCGAAAUUCUGGUACGUCGGUUGUGGGGGGAAUGCGAACAACUUUUACUCGUAUGAUGUAUGCCAGAGGACAUGUCGAGACUCUAGGCGACUCCCGAAACGUGACGCUCCUGAUAUUUCGGAUCGUGGGCGCUGUCAUGGCAAUAAUUCCCUGCCCGUCCAGCGAUACACGUAUGCUAAUGGGAAGUGUACGGUAUUCUCCUACAGUGGAUGUGGUGGAUCGGCCAAUCGUUUCGCCUCCUCCCACGAGUGCGAAUCGACGUGUAAGGGGCUGAAAAAGAGCGUCCACCCGAAUCGUUGUUCACAUCUGCCGGAUUGGGGGUCGUGCAAUCAUAUGCGAUAUCAGUGGUUCUACGACAGUCGUCAAGGCACCUGCGCCCAGUUUCUGUACGGUGGCUGCGGCGGGAACACCAACCGUUUCGAGACGUUCGAGGAAUGUCAAAAGGAGUGCGAGCCCAGCGGUUUUGACCCAUGCAUGGAAGGAUUAGAUCGUGGAAAAUGGUGCGAGACCAUGUCAAAUCGAUACUACUAUAAUCGGCAAUUAAAGGAAUGCAAAGGUUUUCACUACAGCGGUUGCGGCAAGUCGAAUAAUAAUUUCCACACGCUCGAGGAGUGCGAGGCCCGAUGUGUCCGCCGGGGGAAGCCGAGGAAGGGAAAAGCGAUUACCGGAGAUAACAGGCUACACGAUGACCCGAAUUCCGAAAUGCGCCAAAUUACGGGCCCGGCAAUGAGUGUGGACAUCGAUCACUCAGACAAUACGCUCAAAAUGAACCUGACGUUCGGUGAUGCACCCCGAACGACGCGACCGCCAAAAACCACCGUCAAGCCGGCUGCCAAGAAAUCGGCAACGAAAAAACCCGAUAAAUACGGGCACCGCAAGCCAACGGAAAAGACGCCAAUGGUGCGCCACGAGGUGUUGAAUGGAGUGAAUCGAACGUAUCUGAAGACGGAAAGCGAAUGGCACCACUAUGAAGCUUGUCUAGGGUAUCGAUACAACGUCUCGGGCCCGCAAACAAUCCUGAAGACGCAUCUCUGCGAUUUGGAUGGGAAUCGCCAUUGUUGGAGUGAGAUUCACCAAUCCACUGACGGAGAAGAGCGCUGCGCCGUCGUGCGCCCAUUCCUGCGCGGCACCCAUUUGUACUCCUGGUUUUUUGAACUUGCCACCCGCCCGCACAGCUACGCCCCGGAUGCGAAAAUUAGGAAGGAGCAAACGAAAGAGGAAACUUGGGCAUCGGUGCUACUCCUCAAAGCCAAUCGAUGUUUCGAUGUGUGC